UGUCUGCGCCGCAUGCGCCGCUCCGUGCGACUUCACCGACCGUGGUGCCACGUGACGCGCCAAGUACCGCGCGAUAUCCAUCGGCGACAUCGCAGGUUACGAUACUGGUGUGAUUUGACGUUCGGCAUUCGGUGCCGAUCGCAUGGACCAACUAGUCGCGAUAUUAUGCAUGAGAGGCUGCUAGAAACUAUCGAGGAUAUAUUUUUAAUAAUUACUUAUCAUGACGAACGAAGAUGACGUAUGGAAUGACCUAGCCGGUAUCCCCGCUGAUCCUCCUGAGACGAGAGACAAAUGUCAACAAUGCAAGAGACCUGUGUCAGUAUGUUGGUGCCCAGGACUGCCGAAGCAACGUCUCAAUCCCUCAUCGAGGAUAAUAAUCUUGCAGCAUCCAGCGGAGGCAAAGCGGUGCUUGCGUACAGCACCAAUGCUCGCAUUGGCAUUGGAGUCGGGAAAGUGCCUAACUUUUAGGGGAAAGAAAUUCCCACUACCUAAGCACGAGGGUUUAGCGGAGAUAUUAAACGAUAAGAAUACUAUUUUAUUAUAUCCGUCACCGGAUGCGAUUGCACUGGACACGCUGGAUCCAGUCGGAACCAACGGACAGAAUCCAUACAACUUGGUUCUACUGGAUGGGACGUGGCCGCAAGCAAAAGCGAUAUAUCAUUCAAACCCAGCUCUGUACUCUCCACGAGCUUGCAAGCUGAUCGGCGUGCCCGCGAGUGAAUACGUGAUCAGAACACAGCCGACAGACGGUUGUCUCUCAACUCUAGAGACGGGCGCGAGUGCGCUCUCGAUCCUAGAAGGCGAUCCCGAGUUGCGAGAGAAAAUGCUGGGUCCUUUACAUUACUUGUGUAGAUUUCAACUGGAAAACGGUGCAGUGACGCAUCAGAGCAAAGAAUUUCUCAUAAAACAAAAAGCUUAUCCCAAGUUAAUCGGCAAGAGACUCGCCAAACAAUUACGCAUACUACCUGAUAGUACCUCGUAACAUUAAUUUAUAUUAUAUUUAAGAACUAGAUAGAUAAGGGGCAAAAAUCUAUCAAUGUUUUCACAUAAAGAUUUGAAACGUGAUCUUUAAAAAGCCAAAAGAAUUAUUGUAUAAAUAAAAGUAACUCCAAAUCUCAACUUUUAGUAAACUGGCUAAUUGUGAUUAAUGUUGUAACGCAUAAACAACGUUAAAAACUUGGAAUUACACGAGACAUUUAUCGAAA